CCCAUGGACCUGGGACACGGAUCCCCUCCCGGUCCCCCGGAGAUGGCGAGUGGCUGUAACCUGAGCUCGUCCCCAGUGAGCGGCAGUGAGGAGAGUGACCCUCCGCUCCUGACCGACGCCUGGAUGGUCCCUCUCUUCUUCGGACUGAUCAUGUUGACCGGGAUGAUCGGGAACUCUCUGGUCAUCCACAUCAUCACCAAACACCGGCAGAUGAGGACAGCCACGAACUUCUACAUCGUUAACCUUGCUGCCACAGAUAUCAUAUUCCUCGUCUGCUGUGUGCCAUUUACAGCCUCUCUCUAUCCUCUGCCCAGCUGGAUCUUUGGAGAUUUUAUGUGCAAAUUUGUUAACUACUUGCAACAGGUUACAGUCCAAGCAACCUGCAUUACUCUGACUGCAAUGAGUGCCGACAGAUGUUACGCUACUGUUUAUCCACUCAAGUCACUCCUUCAUCGCACUCCCAAAGUUGCCAUGGUGGUCAGCACAUGCAUAUGGCUGGGCUCCUUUGCUCUGUCCACCCCGAUUGUUAUAUACCAGAAGAUUGAAAAGGGAUACUGGUACGGGCCCAGGACAUACUGUGCGGAGGACUUUCCUUCAGUCACCCAUCAGAAAGGCUUCAUACUUUACCACUUCCUCACUGCCUACCUUCUGCCUCUCCUCACCAUUUCCCUGUGCUACUCCUUCAUGGUUAAGAGAGUUGGGCAGCCAGUCGUUGAGCCUGUUGACAACAAUUAUCAGGUUCAGCUUUUGUCUGAGAGGACAAUAGCCAUGAGAAGCAAGAUUUCCAAAAUGGUGAUGGUCAUUGUGCUGCUGUUUAUGAUCUGCUGGGGUCCCAUUCAGCUCUUCAUCCUCUUCCAAGGAUUCUAUCCCAAAUUCCAGGCCAAUUAUGAGACAUACAAGAUCAAGACCUGGGCUAACUGCAUGUCAUACGCCAAUUCGUGCAUCAACCCCAUAGUGUACGGGUUCAUGGGAGCCAGCUUCAGGAAGACCUUCAAGAAGGCAUUUCCGUUUAUGUUUCGGAAGAGGGUGAGAGAUAUCAGCAUGGCCUCUGGCAUUAAUGCAGAAAUGAAGUUCGUCACUGCAGAACCAGAAGUGAGAUGAAUUAUAACGAAUGAACAACAACUUGCAUUUAUAUAGCGACAUUCACGUGGGGUAACUUCCCGGAGCGCUUAUGAACACUGUUGAGCAGACAUAUACCCAGACCUUGAGUUGCUGUGGCAAAUGUAUCUCCAGGAGAAUGUCCCACCAUUUGUUUAUUGGCGAAUAGAGCUCAUCGAGCUCUUGUAGCAUUUACUGGUUUGUCAUCCACUCAACGUACAUCACUAUCAUUGAAUCGAAUGGAUAUAGCUAACUGCUUGCAAACUGGUUUGCCAGAAAAUAUUAUUCUUGGAUAGGGAAUUAUGUAAACUAGAAAAUAGAGCCAGACAAUGUACAAAUCUUUUCAUCUCAGCACACUGAAUCAUUCAUUGAAUACUUCAGCUGAAGCAAAAACAACACAAACACUUUAAAAAGAAUCAUUAGGACUCGCACAAUGUUUUGCUGUCUCUUGAAGACAUUCAGUGUUGGAUUGGCUAUAAAUUGAUAUUGCUUCCUGCAGAAUUACUGCACUUUGAACAGGUUUUUUUUUUGACAUUCUAUAGGUAUGUAUAGUCAAACGUUUUAUACAAUGAGAACAAAUUGAAAGCAAGUUGAUCCAUUUGAAUUCUCUGCAAGGGCAAAGAAUAGGAAAUAGUUUGGUCUAAUGGGAUUCUACCUUUAAUUUAAAUUAAAAGGAAGCCGUUUGAAUCACCCAAAUCCCAUACCAUGGAGCUGAUUAAGAUCACUCGAAACCUUUCUGACUGAAAUGAGUUAGAAAUAAUUUGUCUUUUUAUAGUUCCAGAUAAUGGGAGCUGAAAUUAAUAUUUUUACACAAUGAAGUUAUAAUCCUAAUCCUAAUUAUUGUGCAUAAGGUAAAGACAUAGUGUGCAAUUUGGCUGCUGCAUUUCUCCCACAAAAUAUACAGUCAAUUCACUUCACAGUAUAUUCUGCGAAGCAUUUUGACACAUCUCAAAGACAUGAUAAGGCACAAUAAAAAAAGCAAGGAUUAUUACAGUAUUGAAUAAAAAGUGCCAAUCAGAGGGAUAACAUUGGUAGAGGUUUUUGGAGCUAUUUGCUCAGUUGCUGAGGUCCAGGCUAUAGAAUGGUGUGUUGCCCAGAGAAACCUAAAGAUUUGGAGCAAGUAAAACACAGAAGAAAUAAAGUGUAAUAAAAUGAUCU